AUGAUAACCUCGGAGGGAAAGAAAAUUGAACGUUUCAUUUGGGGGUUAACUCCUCCAAUUCAGGGGAACAUGAUUGCAGCAAACCCUGAAACUUUCGAUAGUGCGAAGCAUCUAGCUCAGAAUCUCUAUGAUCAGGGAAAUAAGAAAGGCACCAAGACUAUAGAGGCAGAAGCCAAAAAUGAAGGAGGCAACAAGAAAAAUUGGGAGAAUAAAAGAAAAGGGGGACAAAAUCAGGAAUAUUCUAAGAAACAGCAAAUGGUAGCAGUUCACGCUGCUACCGCUCAAACCUCAUCAACUCCAACUGCAACCACUACAACCAAACCAGCACCUGCGAGGCCCUACGCAGGUUCCCACCCGAAGUCCCAGCCACAUAAAAACAACCCUCAAUCCAACAAUGUCGGGGCCAGUCGCACGUGUUACGGAUGUGGAGAGGCUGGCCACUUCAAGAGAAACUUCCCCAAAGCCAACAACCAGGGUACGGGCGGAUCAGGCAGAGUACUAACCAUGGGGCAAGGGGAGGCGGUGCGAGACCCCACGGUAGUGACUGGUACGUUUCCCCUCAACAACACUUACGCAUAUAUUUUAUUCGAUAGUGGGGCUGAGCGAAGUUUUGUGAGUCAUAAAUUAAAACACCUACUAAAUCAACAACCCCAGAAGCUAAGCGAAGCCUUCACGGUGGAGAUGGCUAAUGGGAAGACUGAAAAAACCAAAGACAUUUACGCACAAAAUUGCUUGCACAAGAAAAAUCAUGGCUUUCUAGCCCACGUGGUGGACAAACAGAAAGGGGAAAAGAACACUAACAAUAUUCCAGAUGUGCGCGACUUCCAAGACGUAUUCCCGGAAGACCUCCCAGGAAUACCUCCCGAGAGACAGGUCGAAUUUCGAAUUGACUUGAUACCUGGAGCCACAUCAAUUGCCAAAUCACCCUAUAGGUUAGCCCCUACGGAAAUGCAGGAGUUAUCGAGCCAACUAAGCGAAAUCCUCGACAAAGGGUUUAUAAGGCCAAACUUCUCACCCUGGGGAGCUCCGAUCUUGUUUGUCAAGAAGAAGGACGGAUCUUUCAGAAUGUGCAUCGACUAUCGAGAGUUAAACAAACUCACUAUCAAGAACCGAUACCCUCUCUCUCGGAUUGACGAUCUAUUCGACCAGCUUCAAGGAGCCAGUUACUUUUCCAAAAUAGAUCUACGGUCCGAAUAUCACAAACUACGGGUCCGAGAAGAAGAUAUCCCCAAAACUGCCUUCCUAACCCGCUACGGACAUUUCGAGUUCAUGGUAAUGCGCUUCGGUCUGACAAAUGCACCUGCAACAUUUAUGGACCUCAUGAACCGAGUCUGCCGACCAUUCCUUGAAAACUUUGUAAUCGUCUUCAUCGAUCACAUACUCGUUUAUUCACGAAGCAAGGAAGAGCACAGUCAACAUCUAAGGCGGGUCUUGGAAACUCUAAGGGCAGAGAAGAUGUACGCAAAAUUUUCCAAAUGCGAGUUUUGGAUUCGCAGGGUGGAUUUCUUGGGGCACGUAGUCAGCGAAGAAGGGAUACAUGUGGACCCUUCUAAGAUCAAGGCUAUUGAGGACUGGUCAACCCCAAAGACGCCAACGGAGAUCAGGCAAUUCUUGGGCCUUGUUGGUUAUUACAGAAGGUUCAUUUAG